AUGCAGCUCAUUAAUUUCCCAACUGCUCUUGUCCUUCUUACUACUACUCUAUCUUCAACAACUGCCCUUCCUCUUGGUAGUACUCUUCCGACUAAAUCUGCCGCGUAAGCUUUCUUUUCUUAAAUUUCACGAUAUGUGUAAGCUAACUAUUUACCUAGAUGGGAAGUGAAAGUUAGGCCCGAAUACUUAUUUCACUUACACGGAGGCCCCUUCAGCCCACCGUGGCUUGAGAAGACCAUCAAAACUGUUAAACAGUUGAAAAACAAAUUGACAAACACACCUGAACCACCCCCUUACAGAGUCGAAGUCCUUCGGCCAUUGAAGGGGCCUCCUCAAAUGAGGGGAUAG